AUGAAAGAAGAAAAGAAAAAUAAUUUCCUAUUCAACUGUUUUAAAUCGUUAAAAAGCACCUUAGUGCCAAGUUUUCGAGUAUCAAGAUGUGAUGCACCAAAAAUGUGGAGAUUAGCCAUGGGCGGGGUAGACCCAGCCACACCUCAAGCAGAAUCCUUUAUCAAUUUUCAUAACCACACAGUAACGUAUAUGGUUUUUAUUAUGUUUACCGUCCUAAUGUCCCUAAAGAGAUAA